GAAGUUACGCGGUGUACAAGCAAUCACUACUAGUCCAUAUUUAUUUUGGAUGUAAAGACAGCCAAGAUGGCUGUUGUAUCAGAUGCAGUACUUCAAAGAUUACUUGACGUUUGGAAAGAUUCCCGAUUUGAGGAACUACAAAAAGAAUCGGAUUUAGCGGCAGAGGAAGUAGAAAAGACACGAAAGGUUUCUUUAGAAGAAAGAAAAGAUCUGUCUUCAAAAACUAAAGAAUUCAAAAAACAACCAGACGAUGUCAAACUGAACGAGAUAAAAUCCCUUUUGAAACUCUAUCAAGGAGGAAUUGAUUCCCUCACGAAGCGCGCAAAAUAUGCAGAAUCAAUAUUUUUUCAGAUGUACGAAUCGUUGGGAGAUUUUCCAGAUCCCUAUCCUCUAUUGGAGCAGGCGGCUGAAAUUGAUCAAAUUAAGCAAGAAUUGGAAUCUAAAGAGGAAGAAAAAAGGAAACUAAGAGAAGAAUUGAAGCAAAAGGAGUCAUUAUCGACUGAAGUUCGAAAUUUGCGGCAAGAAUUACAAAAAACAAAGGAUUCUGUUGAUGCAGAAGUACAAAAAAGAGUCUCGAAAUCCGUUCAGGAGUAUGAGAAAAAGUUUUUAGAAAAAGAAAAGCUGCACAAGGAUUCUGAACAAGAGAACACUGAGAGAAUUAACCAGCUGAACAAGAAAGUCCGUGACUUACAAGCUACUCAGAUUGAUCAUGCUCUUCAGUUCGGACAGUUAGAACCCCCAUCGGAGGAGAGUAUUAUCAAGAGUUCGGAAUAUCAAAGCCUGCUAAAUGAGCUUGAUGAAGCAAAUAGGUCAAUUGGCUCCUUAAUAAGCGAAAAUGAAAGGUUAAAACAGAAUUCUGAUGAGCCAAAACUUGAAAAUGAGAAUGUCGAUAAAAAAAUGAAGGAGCAUCUUGAUUUCAUGGAAUCAAGAAAUCGCAGUCUCACCGCUGAGCUUGAAGAAAUUCGUCAAUCCUCCCAAAAUGAGUCGAAUGCUUUUCGAAAUGCACAAUCAGAUCUUACAAAGCAACUCGAGGAGAAGCAGGCAAUUAUUCAAAGCCAAAUAGAAACUCUGAAAAGCUAUUCGGACUAUGAAGAGCUAAAAAGGGAGCUUUCUGUUUUGAAACAAAUUGAGUUAAAUGCAGACUCUCCCUUAACUGAGUCAACUUCAUUGGAAGCUCAAAUCCUCAGACGUGAAAAAGAACUAUCUAAUGAGCUCUCUAAGCUUAGAACCCAAGAAGCGUCUUUACAGCAGAAGCUUGCCAAUGAAAAAGCACGCAAUGGGAGCUUGGAGAAAGCUAAUCGUGAGCAAAAAGCUUCCUUGCAAAGACUGGAAUCUGAACUGGCCUCUUUAAGCACUGAAGGGAGCACGUACUAUCCUAAUAGCAGUUAUCGUGAAUCUAGUGGUCGCCUUUCUCCUACUUCUUCCAUCAUCGGAGGUAGCCCUAGUAUAUUUGGGGGGAGCACUACAUCCAAAAUGACUGGCCCCGAAAACGGCUCUACAAUCAUGGACGUUGUCAAACAACAAAGAGAUCGUUUUCGACGUGCAAACGUUGAUUUAGUCAACCAAAUUAGUUCUAGCAAUGAGAAGGUUGCUAAUUUAGAGAGCAGAUUGAGAGAAAUGGAGAAAAGCAAUACACUUUUAUACGAACAGAUGCGAUUUCGUGAACAAUACCAAACUGAAAUACUACAGAAUCCAUCUCAGAUUGAAGCAGCCACUGCUUACGAAAACAACAUUUCCCCUUUUGCAUCUUUUAGGAAAAGGGAAUCUGAACGAGCAUUUUCAAGAAUGGGUUCAUUUGAGCGCUUGCUCUAUGUACUUUUACGCACCGUUUUACUGAAUAAUGGCACCAGAGCUAUCUUUUUGACCUAUCUGAUAAUGGUGCAUUUGUUUAUAUUCGUCGUUCUUUUUAAAUUAGGUGUGUCUGUUAACAAACUACAUGCUUUACCAGAGGCAACGCUAAAGUCCCAAUGAUGAUUCCCUAAUGUCUUAAUACUACAACAUCGUCUUUUAUGACUUCUGCAUAAUUUAAAUUCCAAUGUACACUAAUGAAUCAUUUGAAAACGACAUCAUAACUAUAAGACGUGCAAUACCA